UCGCUCCCUUCUCUCCCUCUCUGCUCAGUGGCUCUUUCUCGGAAAGACUGAAGUGGAACUGAAACUGGAGUUGGGCUGAGAGUGUAUUCAGAGCUGCUGGUUGUCCACUGUAAGCGUCAUGACUGCGCUGCCUUGGAAACCCUCAAUGGAGUUGCAGCAGAAGCGAGCCUGGGGGAGGUGAGGGAGAAGUGAUAGCCUUAGGACAGAUAAGCUCCAGGGAGGGAGAGGAGAGCGAGAGGGGGAGGAAGGAGGUGGGCAGCUCUCUGAGUAAAGAGUCUCUCUCUUUCAGUUGUGGUCAGAGUUGCGAGCUGCUUGUCUCUUCCUUGCACUGUCUUCUCUAUUUGAGACUGCGUGAAGGAGAUAUGCUGCUUUUUGUUUGAAGGAGUUUGAUGUUUCUUCGUACCACCGUUUAGACGUUCAUGGACUCAGACUGAGCUGCAACAUGAGGACCAGAUGCAGCUCACAAUGAAAACAUUUGUGGCAUGAAACCAGAUCUGCCACUCAUUUCCUCCUCCUUCAUUUCCUUCCACCACUCUUCACCUACUAGCUCUAACUUCAGCAACACCGCAUUGAUGAGGUAACGUCGAGCUCCCGCUCCGCAGCACCUACCUGCACAUAUACCACAUUGCCUUCCUCCCCCUCUCCUCCCACCAACCCUUUCAUCACAGCCAUGGGUCAGAAGAUUUCAGGCAGCAUUAAAUCGGUGGAUGGUCGCGGGGAAAGUGGCGGCUCCCCGUCGUACCGACCCACGGCUCAUCGCCGCCAACACCUGGAGCUAAGGGGUCCAGAUUUCUCCAAGCCACCCAGGCUGGAUCUCCUGUUGGACAUGCCAUGCGCUGGACUGGAGACGCAGCUCCAUCAUGCGUGGAAUCCAGACGACCGCUCCCUCAACAUCUUCAUCAAAGAGGACGACAAGUUGACAUUUCACCGACACCCAGUUGCUCAAAGCACGGACUGCAUCAGAGGACGGGUUGGAUACACACGGGGUCUCCAUGUGUGGAAGAUCCACUGGCCUUCACGGCAGCGAGGCACCCACGCUGUGGUGGGUGUGGCAACCUUAGAAGCUCCUCUACAUUCUGUUGGGUACACCGCUUUAGUGGGUUCGGACUGUGAGUCCUGGGGCUGGGAUCUGGGACGAAACAGACUCUACCACGACAGUAAGAACCGGUCCCACAGUUCGCUGCCUUCGUACCCUGGUUUCCUAGAGCCAGACGAGUCAUUCACACUCCCGGACUCUCUCCUAGUGAUUCUGGACAUGGAUGAAGGGACGCUUAGCUUCAUGGUGGAUGGACAGUAUCUAGGAGUUGCAUUUCGAGGCCUGAAAGGAAGGAAGCUGUAUCCCAUCGUGAGUGCCGUAUGGGGACAUUGUGAAAUAACCAUGAAGUAUGUCAACGGCUUGGAUCCCGAGCCCCUGCCGCUCAUGGACCUGUGUCGACGUGCGGCCCGCCUGGCUUUGGGUCGGGAGCGGCUCAAGGAAAUUGAGAGCCUCCCUCUGCCCCAGUCCCUCAAAAAUUACCUCCAGUACCAGUGACUGACACCGGCAGAUCCAACUGGGACAACAAGGACACAGAGCAGGCCACCAGAGAUUCUGCAGAUGGACGAUGAAAGGGUGAACUUGAGGUCGCACAGAGGGGAUGACUGAUUGAGGAACGUCCACACUGGAGCACCGCAGCUCUCAUGAAUCCGUACAAGGACGGAUAAGGACGAAGGCAGAUGAACUGGGGGAGGAGGAGAGGGAAUUCAGGCUUUCCAACAAUCGGACCACACCAGCUUCUUCUUUCUUUUUUUUCAAUUUUAGGCUGCUUUUUUUGGGGUUUUAGACUUGAAAUAAAUUAUUGAUGACAGCGUCACAUCAGUGUCUCUUUCAUCCAGACAGGAAGCCCAUCCUCUGAUGGCACAGCGCUGUUAGGUGACAAAAGCAAACAUCGCCAUCUAGUGGUGAGAAUAGUAAUGAAAAGAAGAAAAAAAAAAAAACAGGAGAAAGUAAGCACACUAAUCCCAUCCAUGGAGGCCUUUCUGACAUUCACUCACUGACCAUAUCAUUGCAGCUGAUGUCUGUUCAUAAUCCACACUGGCACAGGCGGCCGGCGGCAGAAUCAGAAAUGUCCAAAAGGAUUUUUAGCACUGAUGUCGUAUUUAUGUGACUGACCCCAGGCCUGCCCAUCAGCUCACACUGCAGACAGAUUACAUCAGCACACAUCUAGGAGGUGUGUGUACUGAUCCUUAUUAUACAUCCUUAUUUGAAGAGAAUGAAGCCCUUUUCAAACAUUUAAUGCUGUUUGUCGCACUCUUCUCAAUCCUUCUUUUUGACACUAAAGUAAAACAUUCUUGAUCGACUCCUCAGCAUGAGACAUUAAAUUAUAAAACCAGAACUUUCUCACAAUUGGCAACUUUUCAAUUAGUCUUUAGUUGAAUUUUUGAUUGAUAUAUUAGAUAUUUUUACAUUAAACAGAUAUGAUGUUUAAUUUGCAGGAUUGUGAAAAGUUUGACUCAGAAAGAACCUGACCUAUGUUCGUCUAUUAUGAGUUAAAACUAAAAUGAAACGUGUUCAUAGUUCCCCACAUAAAUAUUCUUUUUCUUCUUCUUUUUUUUUUUUACUUAAUUCCAUCUUUAAAAUGAUAUAAAUCAUCGUCUUUAAGGGCAUGUAGGUUAUGCCAUCUUGCAGCAUUUACAAGCUGGUCUUGGCAGCCUAUUUACCUCGGUUUAAUUUCCUUCUGUACUUGUUGGUUAGAUAAAUGUGUUUGAAGUUGGUUGAAAAUUCAAAAGGGACUCUUUGUCCAAGUUUCUUUUUUUCACAAAGCGUACACUUCACAUAAACAACAUCUCUAUGUUACAUGCUGCGCUCUGUCCAUCAUGUGAAAAACAUUUAAGUCCACAGAUUUCAAAAAUUUGCUUUUUUUAAAAAAUGCAUUCAUGCACAAUACAAACACAAGGGUAUUUUUGUUUUAGCAUCCUAUAAUCUCUAAAUUACUGAAUAAAACUUAGGCAAAGUUCGAGUGAUUGCUUCUGUUUCAUAGAAGUUAAUCAGGAUGUUUUUUAAGCUAAAUCAAGUGAUGUAUUAUCAUCCCCUGAUCGUUUACCUGUUAUCCAGAGGUGUUUUCAUAACCGUUAGGGGGUUUUAACUUAUGAAAAAAAAUAGCAGUAAGAAAAAAAUUCACUGAAUCUUUUUCUCACUGAAUUUAAUUCACAAUACAACACCACACAGCUGUGGGAGAAAUACUAUGAAAUAAGACAGAAGAUCCAAGUGUUGAGGUAAAUUUGACUUUUCCAUCACAACUUUACCUUCAGAAUCAUGUCUGAAAGGGGCUUCAUUUCUCACUCAGUUCGAAGAAAUCUGCCUUUUGUUUUGGUUAAGCUAGUCUUUGGUUUCUUUGAAAAUCAUUCCUCGUGUGACACUAACUCAUUUACAACAAUGUCACAUCACAACCAAAGUUAUUUCGGUGGAAGCCAUCGGUCGUAGAGAUGCGUCUUCAGGCCUGUGCCUGCAUGGCGCAAAGAGACGCCGGCUGUUGUUUGUAGCGCCCCGCUGUAGCUCACUUGGUAGCAAGCAGCGUGUGUGUCAGCUCUCCACGCCACUGCUGUCACUUCCUAGGAGACCAGAGUUUGACUGGAUCUAUAGGAGAGGCUGUAGCAGGACCUAGGGACCUGGCUGUAGAGACUCAGCAGGUGUGCUGCUGGAUCCGCACAGAAUGUAGACGACCAGCCCACAACCACAAGACCAAUGGAUUUCUACUUCCUUGAAAAUGGCUUGAGUCACUUUUUCAACUUUAUUUGUGUUGUUCAGUAUAAAACCUUUUCCAUCCGAUGAUGAAAGGAUGGACAGGGUUUAUUUAUCACAAGCUAGCUGUGUGUUUGUGACAUUCAGGUUGAUUUUGUUCAAACGAUGCUGACGAUGAAGGGAGACGGAAACUCAAACUUGUUACUUCAAUGCUGCUUUUAUUAUGAUGAUGAUGAUGAUGAUUAUUAUUUGCGAUGGUUAUGGUCUUAUCUUCUGUUUUUAUUGGUUGGAAUGAGGAGAAUGGGACCAUUUCAAGAGUUUAGUGGAAUCAAUUAGAAGUAUGAAAUGUGAAUAAAAGCCAAGUGACAUUGAAA